AUUCUUUAGAUUUACCGAAAAUGAAAGCUACGUUGUGAGUUCAAAUAAUAGAACCCAGCAUAAUCAAGUGGUUCAUCGCUCGCCCACCAUGCCAUUGAAAAAAGAAAGUAAGAAUUACAGAACAAUCCCAACGCGGAGGUCUCAACCGGUUCUGGUGGAUUCCCCGGGCAAGUCUGGUGCCAACUUCUACCAAUCAUAUGAUCGGUUAUUCAUUGUCAAGACUUUAACCAGCGAAGAAGUGGAAAGAAUGCACUCGUUUCUCAAACAGUAUCACCCUUACAUAGUGGAAAGGCACGGCAAAACACUAUUGCCGCAAUACUUAGGAAUGUAUCGACUGACUGUAGAUGGAGUAGAACACUAUAUGGUGGUCAUGAGGAAUGUAUUUAGUAAUCACUUGAAAACACAUAAGAAAUUCGACUUGAAAGGCUCGACUGUAGAUAGAGAGGCCUCGGACAGGGAGAAAGAGAAGAACCUGCCUACUUUCAAAGACAACGACUUUGUCAAGGAAGGGACAAAAAUAUACAUUGGAGACGAUGCCAAGGACAAACUGCUCGAUACGCUUACUGCUGACGUUGGCUUCCUGACGAAGCUGCACCUGAUGGACUACUCGCUGCUGCUGGGCAUCCACGACUGCGUGAAGGCGGAGGCGGAAGGCGGCGACCUGGGCGACCUGGACGACAUCGGGGGCGGCGACAUGGAUGAGGACGAAGACAGCGAGGGAGGCGGCGGUGCGGGGGCGAACAAACUGCCGUGGGGCAGCACACCACCCGACUCGCCCCACCAGCUGCUCAGGGAGACCAGUCUGCAGUACGAGGGCGGCAUUGUGCCCGAGCUCGAUAUCUACGCUAUUCCCAGUUCUGAGAAUGCGCCAGUAAAGGAGAUCUACUUCCUGGCACUGAUCGACGUGCUGACUCACUACGGCGUGAAGAAGCAGGCGGCCAAGGCUGCCAAAACGGUCAAGUACGGCUCCAACGUGGACGGCAUCUCCACCUGCGACCCCGAGCAGUACGGCAAACGGUUCAUAGAGUUUGUUAGCAAGGCCAUUGAAUAGGCCUCAUGUCCGAUCCUACAUGCCGGAAGCGCAGCGCACAUUAUCACAACGUCGAUUAUCUCUUGUUAUUGACAUCAAUAGUAUUGUACAUUAUCGAUUAUCUGGUUAUCGAUAAUUGAACAUCAUCGAUUAUCUGUUUAUCGAUAAUAAUUGAACAAUCGAUUAUCUGGUUAUUGAUAAAUUGAACAAUCGGUUAUCUGGUUGUUGACAUCCAAUUGAUGGUGGCUUGGUGCAAGAACUACCUAUGUCAAAAUUUCAACUUUCUCACAAAUCAGCUCGAAAGUUCACCUUGUAUUUUCGAACUACGGAAUUUCAAUACGGAAAUGCGAGUGCUAGAAGUGCAGAAGUCGACAAUGGUAGUUCUGGCACGGAGUAUGAAUGAUAAUCUAAAAACAUAUGUCUUCAUUGGUAGUUUUAACUAAAUAACUACUCAUGAACAUAACUACUCAAUAGCUAAAUCAUGACAUUGGUAGUAUAAAUGUUAUAACUUUUUAUUGCAUUGAGAUAGAACAUUGGCACUUCUGGAACUGAAAUAUUAGUGAUGUAUUAGUUUAUUAAACUCAUUUUUGAAAAAAAAAUUGACAUUGAUAUUUUUGCACCAAGCCACAGCAAUAGUAUUGUACAUUAUCGAUUAUCUAGUUAUCGAUAAUAAUUGAACAUCAUCGAUUAUCUGUUAACGAUAUUGGACAAUAGAUUAUCUGUUUAUCGAUAAUAUUGUACAUUGGUUAUUGAUAAUUCAACAUAAUAAAUUAUCUCUGGUUAUCGGGAAUCAAAAGUAAUUGAUUAUCUGAUUAUUAUCUAUAGGACCCAGCCACACAGAGAACCAUCUGUGAUACUAAAGGUAUCUAUUUGAUAUCUUAAGGUGCCUACAGACUUGAGCGCCACGAACACGUGCAUUUCGCUUCCCAUUUUGUUUGAAAUUUGAGUCUUUCAUAUUUUGAUCCAAUAUCAUAUUUUUUAUAUAUUCUUAUUAUCUCAAUCUGUUCAAAUACAUAAUUAUGUAAUAAGAAUAGUAACUGCUGAUGAAAAGUAAAAUGCGUGUGUUUGUGGCGCAUAAAUCAGUACGCACCUUUAGAUAUAGAUGCCUUUAGGAUCGCAGAUCGCUCUCUGUGUGGCCGGGUGCUAAUCAAACAUAGCUGAUAACUGAUUUUCUUAGUAUUAUCACUAAAAUCAAACAUAAUCAAUUAUUUUGCUAUCCGUAAAUAAUAUUAUUGUUCAGCCUAUCUCAUUAUUAUUGAUGAUUGAACAUCUUUUUAUUAUUGAUAUAAUCGAAGAUAAUCAGAUAAUUGAUUAUGUAGCUAUUGAUAAUCAACAUAAUCGACGGUCAUUACUAUUGAAAUCGAUAGCUAAUUGAAUCAAUUUCAUUGAUAUCUCUGCAACGAUGUCCCCGAAUUUAUUUGUGCAAUAUCUAUUAUCACGUUCAGUAUUUAAUCUGAAAACCCUCAAUCUCAAAUUGAUGAAAGCAAAGAACAAUUUGUAUGAAAGCACUGAGGCUAACAAGUUCAUCCAUGUUUCUCAUUCGAAGGUGUUUAUUGUUUAUUUUAUGCUGUUUCUAUUCUUUUUCCGAUUGAAAUUGAAGCAAAGAACAAUGUGUUUGAAGCACUAAGGCUAUUGAGAUCAUUCAUGUUUAUACAAAACAGUAUUUGUUUUCUACUAUUCCUAUUAUAUUUUAUUCAUUGUGUGAAGGACGGUCUAGGCGCUCAAACUUGCCAUCUCUUUCCAACCUGUAUCACAAAAUCGCGUAUAAAAAGAGAGAGAGUGAUGAGAAAUUUGUGAUUUCGGAUUUGGAUUCUGAAACACCUUAAUUUUGUAAAAACUGAGAUACAUGGAGAUAAUUAUUAUAAAUUUAGAUUUUGAAUCUUCAUAAAUCUGUUAUCAAAAUCACAAUCCCUUAUCUAUCUUCAUUCAACAUGAUAAGUUUUAUAGAUUUAAUAGAAACAAUAAAUUUGAGCGUCUGACCCGGCCUUAAGUAGAUUUAUGAGUGUUUGGAUGUUGAAGAUUGGUCCAUUAAUCUAUUUCUGGUGCUGUACAAAUUACUUGAAAAAGUUGAUCAAUUUUGAAUAAUACCUCAUAAAAAUCUAAGAGCUACAAUAUUACAAACUAUCACUAGAGAUCGCUGAUUUUACUUUGAAGUUAUAAUUUUGUCGAAUUUAUAAAGAUGUGUCCAAUCCUCAACAAUAAUAGAUUAUGGAACUUGGAAUUUGUGCUCUAUUACUUGUUAGUGCUUGUUGUUUUGUUAUUUUCCGGAUUGAUGUUUUCCAUUUUUUCAAGCCUUCAACGUUGUUUGAGGCAAUUUCUUCUGUUUCAAAGCAAUUUACUACCUAAAUAUUCCAUCAGUAAUCAAUAGGUACAACCCAAUUAUUCAUCUUAUUUAUUUAUUUUUUCAAUUUAAUAUGUACAUCCCAGAACAUCUGGCAAACAGACAGGGGAUAAUAUAUCAUUUAAUUAUUACAUAUAGUUUUCAAGAAACUCUAUUACGUCCAUACAUUGUUAAACUGUGACUUACUAUCCUUUUGACUUGAGAAUUUUCGAAUAAUUGAUGAUUUACUGUCGAGAAUCUGAUAUUUAGAAUCGGAACUCAUAGCUUAUGAGCUACUCAAUAAUUCAAAUGCAAGGCUCAGUUUUUUAAAUUAUCUCUUUCCGAAGAUUCACUUCUGUACUUGAUUGAUAUUUUAUUGUACUUGUACUUAUUAUAAAAACGUAGCUAAACGUUUCUGUAAUAAUCUUCAAGUAUGAAAGAAAUCAAAAUUAUCUGCAGCCAACAAUUUGAUGUUAGCUGUUAACAGCAUUGAACUUAUUACUUUUGUAUUAUUUAUAAACAAGUAUUACAGAAUUAGAAUUAAUUCUAUUCCGACUCAAUUUGUUCAUUUUAUUAAAUGCUUGCUAUUUAUUAUUGCUGCCUACAUCACUUUUCUGUUAUAAUAAUAAAAAAAUGUAAAAAAAUUGUAAUUAUGUAUUUUUUCAUGUAAAAUGUUGAUUGUAUUACUUACUUCUCAAAUUAGUUUCGUGUAAAUAUGGAAAUGUUGUUUGUAUAGAUGUUGUUUAACGAAAAUAUGGUGAUUGAUCUUGUAAUUUUGGAAGAGGAAUUUGUUCACUGGAAAUGCAAACAUUCAAACGAUCCUAGUCUCAACUAUUUUCAUAUGCAGUAGUUGGAGUUUCAUUGAAAAUAUAUUAUUGGCAAAUCUCUUUUGAAUCUAUUCAUUCGUGAUUUUUUUCCAGAACAGUAAGAAAUAUUGUAAAAAUUGAUCGGUUGUUAAAUAUUGAUAUCGGUGGGAAGUUCACUGUCUUAUUACAUACAAGUUAUAGUUUAAUAUCCAUGCACAAGUCAUGACGAUUGUUAAUAUUGUCCAGAUAGAUAUUCGAAUUACAGUAUUUUGAAUUCUUAAAUUGUUUGAUAUUGACUUAUUUUUACUGGUAAUCUUGGAGUAUUCUUAAAAUUGAUGGUUCUGUUCAUUAUACUCAACUAAUUUCUAAUACGAAAUUAGUUUAAAAGUAAAACUUGUUAACUGUCUUAUUAGUAAAGGACCAAAGUGUCGCCACACUUUCUUUCCAAGUGUUUCAAUACUAAAAUGAGAGGUUGUGACAAUUUAAAAUAUAAAAAAUAAUUAAUCACACAAUUCCGAAUUUAUUAAAUUACAAACAGUUGAAAAAACGCACUACUCCCACUUGAACUUACUAGAGACUCGAAUUCUAAUAGAAAAGUAAACUGACUGGAGAAAACUUGGAACUUAUCGAAUUUAUGGUUGAGAACUAAGAUGAUUAAUAUUGUAAGUCGUUUUUCGUAUUGCAGAUGGAAAUCACUGAGAUAUUGCAAUUAUUCAAAUGCUAAUAAAUUAAUUAUUAUUAUUAAAUGAAAAUCCAAAUUAAAUGCUGUAAUUCACUAUUUGCAGUAGCAGAAGUCUUCGGGGUGAAUUACAGCAUUUAAUUUGGAUUUUCGUUUAAUAAUAAUUAGUUUUUCGUAUUAUUCAGACGCAUAUUAAUGCGUGCCAAUCUUACUGAAUUUUAUAAUUUUUACGAAUGUCCAGCUUUCUGAGAUUCAAUAUAUCUCCUUCUACGUAGGGUAAAUGAUUGGCUGAUUGCUGUUGAAUUUUCCAUUCAACCAGAGGAGGUUCUUUGUGUGAGAAAUGUUUUUUGAAACAAACUUUUGCGUUGGGCAAUGUAAAUUUAUUUUUCGAAAUCCACUUGCUUCUCUUGAAAUCCACCCAUCUAUUUAGUAAGACAAACAAUUUUCAAAUUCCGUUGAACAUUUAUCGGGAAUUCUCUGCCGAAGUCUAUCGUGAAUGGAUCCUCUGAACACUUCACACCCUCUCAAGCUUUGGCUUAUAUUUUAUUCCACGAGCUUAACAAUCUAAUUGUAUAUAUCUAGAGAUAAUUAUGUGUGUAGGCGUAAAUUAUGAUUUAUCUGCUGAGUAAGAUAAUAUCAAACAUUAUAUCUUACUUCUAAUGCAAUAAUUAUUGUAUUCCAGGUCAACUAUAUAAUUAUGUAUUGUUUAGUUUUAUGUACCUAUUUGCUAUUUUGAUUGACUUUUCUGCGUUAAUUGUUGUAUUUUAUGUUGUGUUGCUAUUGUUAAGACAAUUUUACAAGUAUCUGAAAUGCUAUUCUUAACCAUUUUUAUAAAACCGUAAAUAUCUCAACCAUUUUUCUUCAAUAUUCCAAAUUUCAAGUUUGUAUAAAUAUGUGGUUUUAAAAUCAUAACAUUCAAUAAAAUCUCUU